AGUUGUGGGUGGUGACUAGUCGGCGACCCAUCCGUCCGAGUAGGAACGUGCUUCCGCGUUUUCGUUCCUUUCGUUUCGUUUCGUCUCAACCGGACCGAAAAUCGCGAUCAAAAACAUCGAUCCGUCGAUCGAUCGUCUCAAGUUACUCUCGAGCACGUGCCGUCGCGUUGCCUCGCUUCUUUCACCAGAGUAUCUUCCUUCACCGUUAUUUCGAAUCGUUUCAUGGUUUUGGACGUCCGGACGAAAUACAAUAUACGUAAAUAUAUAAACUAAACAUUUCUUUUCAAUUAUGGAAGAUUGUUCAUCGAUGGUGAAAGUGCGACGGUGAGGUUGUAAUCGUGGCGGGAUUAAUUAUGAGAAAGGUUUGGACGGCUUGGAUUUGAACUUUUGCAACUUGAUGGAGGUUUGGAGAUUUCGUGAGUCGUGGGGUUGUCGCAGGUGCAUUUGAAUAUGUGAGGAUUCUUUCGUGGCAGACUUGUGCCUUGUUUGGGUUUGGUGAAGCUGAGCAUUCUGAUGGGAUUGAGAUUUGUAUUUUGUGUGAAAUAUUCGCGAGUUAGUGCUGUUGAUCGAGAAGAUUCCUCGAACAGGCAAACGUACUCUCUUUGAUGAACAUUAUCUAAAAGUAAAGUGCAACAAUAAAACUUUGUUAUUUACGUUUGGAAUAAGACCGAUCGAGAAGAUUCUUCGAGCAAGAUGGAAAAAUAUUUCCUUUGGUGAAGAAGGCUCUAUUAUUUGCAUUUACUGGAAGAAGUAAUAUUACCCUGAUUACUGGAACUAAUCUCGCAAAGUGUUUAGCCGAUUGUCAUAUGACAAAGCUGCAGUUGAAUUUCUGUUUCAAAAAUCGAACCACGAUCUAUCGAGAAGAAGUCGAGCCAGGUCUCCACAUCGGUUCUAAUGGAGCCAGCAACGAGAUUCAAGGGUCAAUGGUGUAGAUUACUUGGUUCUCACGACGUUCGAGUGAAAAUAUUUUGUCUGCAAAAUGACGCCAAAGUUGCCAAUAUUGAACAAUCUUCGUUCCAUCGAGUUGCCUUUUAUUCUCAUCGAAGCUUCUUGUAAUCGUGCCAGAAAUUGGAUCUUUACUGAACUUUAACUGAAAACUGAAUCAAUGUUCUGAAUAUUCCAGUUAAAAAUCCAAACUUUGCAAUUUUUAUGCAAAUUUUUACAGAAAUCUGUCUAUUCUCAAAAUAUUCCUUGUUGAAAUAGCAACUUUGGAUUACGGUUUCCAAAUAGAUAUCAAGUUACUAGAAAAGCUGAAAAGAUAGCGUUGUCCGAACACUCGAAAUAGUUAAAAAAUCAUCGACUCAACAUUUUAUGGAAAUGACUGUUUAUCACUGAAAUAUCCAUUGUGGAAGUGCAACGCCGAAUUAAUAUCCAAGUAUAAUUAAUAAUAAUAUAAUCAUUAUCGCAAAAGUAGAGAUUUUGAAUAUUUUGAAAAAUAGCUGAGGUUUUCCAGCUCGAGGAUUGAAUAAAAUCCAUCAAAUAUUCCAGAUACUGUUAUAGAGCUAUGUACUCAACUUUUCACAGAAGUAACCAUCUCUUGUUAGAAUAUUUCUCAUUAAGAAUGCAACUUUGAACAAGUCAAUGUCUAAUUACACUUAGUUACAGAAAAAUCUGAAGAUUUGAACAAUCCUGAAGAAUGAGACUUUUCGCAACAACAUCGAGCAAAACAGUCAUUGCAUUAUCGAAGAAAUAUUUAUGACUGGAAAUUCAACUUUGAAAAGUUGCUUAAAAUUACAGAGAAGUCGAAGGCUCAGAGUAUCUUGAAAAACAGAACAAAUAAUAAGUUUGAAAUAUCCACGAUAGUAUUGCUGGAAAAGCUGGAAUAAAGGUUGGAGGAGACACGGAUAAUUCCUGCGCGCGUCACCCAUAAAUACCUGUUGGAUCUCUGGAAAAAAGUCACUGGGGAUAUCUACGAGCAACAGGCCUGGAAUAUCUGGCAGAGACAGGCCCGCCGCGUCGUUGUGAACCGGGUGUAAAGUAUCAAAGAUUCGUCGAGCAUAGAUCUCUGCUAGAACCAGAUGACGAGAAGAUAACCCUGGCCAAGGUGAACGAACGGUCUCCACUUUUCCCAUUCGAAUCUUUCAAUCCAAUACGAAUUACACAUCAAUGGAAUUGCCAUAAAGAUGAUCAUUGAAUUCUUACCAAUGAAACUGUUAUAAAAAUCAUAAAAUAAAAUUAUUUUAUCAAAAGUAUGACGCAGUAGAAAGGAUUUUCUAGUUUGAAAAUUGAAGUCACCAAUGAAAUUCCUUUGAAAAUCGUCGAAUAGAGUCACAAAGGAAUUCUGUUCUUGGAAAAAUCUCUUGUUGCAAAAAUCAUAAAAUAAAGUUACGAAAAUUUGAUACAGCAAGAAACAUUGGAAGAUUCAGAGAUGAAAGUCGUAAAGGUGGUAAAAUAAAAUUGCAAUAACUCGACAUACCGGUAAAGAUAUUUUUUGUUUUUUGUUGAGAAGCUUCUGUGAGAACCAUAAAACAAAACUAUAUGAAAUAGUUAUAAGAAAAGGAAUUUUUUUCUUGGAAAACUCGUCGAUGGAGCUUCUCCAAUAAGUCGUGUAACUAUAAAAAUAAAAUUAAGUGAAACUUCACAUAGUAAGAAGGAUAUUUUUGAAAAACUGUACAAAAUAACGUGUGAUGAUUUUAGAUUGCAAGAAGUUGGAAAGAAUUAUAAUGAAAGAAGUUUGUAAGAAGAUUGUCGAUGAGAAGGGCAUGCGUUUCGAGUUGAAGCUGAGAGUAGACUAGCUUUGGACUGUAAGAGAAGAGUGGAAGAUCCAGGUAAUCCCUGUGGACACUUCCUGUGCAAUCUGUGGGCCAUCUUGAGAUUUCGCGAUAACCGGAGGAAUACAUGGAGUAAAAUUUCUUUUAAACUGACCACGUAGAAUCUCGUACUGAGAUUAGAGGUAGCAAGAUGAUGAACUGAUUUAAGAACCUUUAUGAACAAUUUCAGUCUACUGUACGUGGUUGUGAGAUUCAGCUGUGACAACUGACUUUUCAUAAUUUGAUCGAGGAUUCAGGGAUAUUGUCUUGAGGAUUCCAACGCAACAGAUGAUUGAGAAAUAUAUGUAGGUUCUAGAACUUUGUAAGCAAGAUUAUCGCUGAUGUCAGAUAGAAACUUUCAGUAAAAGCUCAGCAUAAAUCCAUGAUUAAUGAACACUCUAUGAAUAAUCCAGAAAUGAGUCUGAUGUCUGUAGUCUUUGUAGAAGCCGAAAGAAAUAUUUCAGAAUUAACACGGUAACGCCAAAUCUCUGGAUAACAGAAAAAUGCUGUGACUUCAGCAUUCCCAAGACUCAGAAUAACAAUUACCAAUCAGCUUACAUCUAAUUCAACUUCAAGAUCUUCGAUCAACAAAAAUUUUCCACAGGAAGAUUUCCAAGAUAAGCAAGUAAUAAACGUUCGACGCUAAAACAGCCACAGAAAAGUCUUUAAUAAUUAACUAAAAUUUAUUACCAAAACCACAUAGUACGCCGAAGGAAUUUAAAAUAGCGAGAAAGUUUUAUCACUGUUAAGACUGUGAAGAAAUCUUUAUUAUUAUUCAAAGACUUAGUGCUCGAAAUGAAUAUUUAACAACUUCUACAUGAAGUAAACGAAAUAGAAUUUCGCUAUCCAACACAGUAAACUCUAAAGCCAUGAAACACUGACGAAUGAAAUAUCAUCGUUCGAUAAUUAUACCGUUCAAAAUGAAUAUUUAAUAUUUAUCACACCAAUUAAAUGAACUGAUACUCCGCUAUCCAAUACAGUAAACUCUAAAAGCAUAAAAUAGUGGUAAAUUUAAAAAACAUGUUUAUCGUCGUUCAGUAACUCGGUGCUCAAGAUGAAUACUUAAUAUUCAUUAUACGAAUUAAACGAACUAAAUAAUUCUGCUACUUUAAUAUAACCCCAACUCUGAAAACUUAAAAUAGUGGCAAGUUAAACCAAUUUUUAUCAUCGUUUUAUGUGGAUAUCUAAUACGGAGGAUGAAUAUCUAAUACUCUUUAUAUGAACUAAAUGAAGUAACAUUUUCUGGGAGGUGUUCGGUACGAGCUUUCGGUGUUGAUUACAGUGGCAAAAAGGCCGACAAAAUAGAGUACCCUGGUGGUAGCGGUAUGUAUGGGGGCGGGACGGGUGGAGGCGGGUAUGGGGUAGGUUUGGGCCCAGGAGCGGGUCCAUCGCAUUACAUACCCUCCGCCACGUCCGUCGGCUACCAAUUGCCGCCCCCGCCGCCUCCGCCGGCGUGUCCCAGCGCCGGAGGUCAGCUGCUCUCUUACGGGCCUAACCUGUCGCCCCAUCAUAUGCAACAGACCCAUGGGGACGCGCAACAGUCGAAAAGAAGGAGAUCCGACGAGGAUGAUCCUAGCGGGUGUAAAUAUAGAAGGCUGGAGAACGAGAAUGUACAGGACAAAGAAAGAUUUGCGAGUAGGGAGAAUCAUUGCGAAAUUGAACGGCGGCGGCGGAACAAGAUGACCGCCUAUAUUACCGAAUUGUCCGACAUGGUGCCGACGUGUUCAGCCCUCGCCAGGAAACCGGACAAAUUGACCAUACUCAGGAUGGCGGUCGCCCACAUGAGAAACCUCAGAGGAACAGGAAACACCAGCUCAGAUGGUGCGUACAAGCCUUCGUUUUUAACCGAUCAAGAGUUGAAGCACCUAAUAUUGGAGGCGGCGGAUGGCUUCCUCUUCGUCGUGAACUGCACCAGCGGAAUGAUCAUCUACGUAUCCGAUUCUGUGGCGCCUGUUUUGAAUUACACUCAAAACGAUUGGUACGGCACCAGCCUCUAUUCACAGGUUCAUCCAGACGAUACAGAAAAAGUGAAGGAACAACUGAGCGGUGCCGAACCGGAAAACGGUGGCAGGGUACUUGACUUGAAAACGGGAACGGUGAAAAAAGAGGGACAAUCAUCGAUGAGACUGUGCAUGGGCUCGAGAAGAGGGUUCAUCUGUCGCAUGAAGGUUGGGAACAUGCAGACGACUGGCGACAUGGCUGCCGCCCAUGGCCUCCACCACGUGAAGCAGAGGAACUCUCUCGGUCCUCCAGCUCGCGAUGGUCAAAAUUACGCCGUGGUUCAUUGUACAGGGUACAUCAAAAGCUGGCCCCCAAACGGUGAUUUUGUUCCCCCAUGUGUACCAGGUAUGGGACUAGCUGACAGAGAGGCUGUUCAAGUCGGACAUGAUGGGGUGGUCGCAGAUGAGAACGUCAGCACUCACUGCUGCCUGGUUGCCAUUGGGCGAUUACAGGUCACCAGCACACCGAAUAGUAGCGAUUUAGCGGGUUCGAACAGCAAUAACGAAUUUAUUUCACGCCAUUCGGCAGAAGGUAAAUUUACCUUCGUGGACCAAAGAGUCGGUGGAAUUCUAGGGUAUACGCCGUCCGAGCUCUUAGGUCAUCCGUGCUACGAAUUCUUUCAUCCAGAAGAUUUGACGCAUAUGCGAGAAAGUUUUGAGCAAGUGUUGAAGCUGAAAGGACAAGUGGUGUCUGUAAUGUACAGAUUUCGAGCCAAAAAUCGUGACUGGGUGUGGUUAAGGACGUCUGCAUUUGCAUUUUUAAACCCGUACAAUGACGACGUUGAAUACAUUGUCUGCACGAAUACACAUGCCAAGUCGUUCCAUCCUGGCAGUGAUGGUCAGACAGAAAAUGAAGCUGUACCUGCUUAUGGACAACCUGGCCUAGAUUAUUCCCUGCAGAGACACCCUACAAGGGAUCCCCUCUAUUCUGGGCAUCAUAUGAUGCAGCAUCCAGCAGCUGUUGCUACAGCUGGUCCUCAACAACCUAGGCCGUCCAGUACACAAAAUGUUUACCAGGGAUAUGAAACAACACAGUCGCCAAUAGCUUAUGGUUCACCUGGUCAACAAAGCGCAUCUUCUUCUGUUUUAAGUAGAAUUCAGAAACCAGCUAACACAUCUCCAACCCCUGUGCAACAAGCCUGGGCUAUUGGAAGACAGCAACCUGUAACGGAAGGAUACCAAUACAAUCAGUUAAGCCCUUCGAGGUCACCGAAUGGACCAACAUAUACUCAGUUAAGUAGCGGUGCUAGGACACCAGCUACACAAUAUCAUGCAGUCACAACUGUACCUAACAAUCCCGGUAUGUGGGGUUGGCAGAGCCAGCAACAUCAAGCACCUCAACAAGAUGGCGGACAAUCAAAUCCUCAGGUGGCCGGACAAGCACAACAGCCUCAUCCUUCUCAAGGUGGACCUGGCACACAACCUCAGGAACUGUCAGACAUGUUACAAAUGCUCCAAGACCAGGGUGGGGCGUCCGGUUUCGAGGAGUUAAAUAUGUUCAAUACUAAUUUCGAGUAGCGACAAGAAAAUAAUAUGGCCGAUAAACAUCUACCUUAAGGAAGCUUUAAGGUUCGAAUUUCAUUGGUAGAGUCCCGGGAUCGCUCGAAGUAUCGUAAAUCACACUUUUACUCGAGCAAUUAAUUACAAUAUGAGAAUUCGCCAGUCAGCACCUCACGCGCAAAACUUCAAACAAAUUAACUAACUUCACAAUAAGUUUAUCUGAAUUUUAUAAAUUAAUUUGUUAACGCAUCCGUUUUGCGAGAAGUUUUUAUUUUAUUAACAGUACGAUUUUAACGAUCGUAUGACAGCGCUAUAAAUUAUUCGAAAUUCGUGAAUAUUGUUUUGCAAAAGUGCCAUGAAAUGUCAUAUUGGGAAAAUAUAAUAUGGGAAGUGGAGACUUAUAAUAUGCACAGAUGGAUUAGUUGAUGAGAUACGGGUUUUAACAUUUGAUAUGACAAAUAACACAAAAGGAUUUUCUGAAAGGAAAUUAUAAUUUAUAUUUUUAAGUCUCCUUUUUUCGUUUGCUUCUUAUAACUGAGAUGUAGGUUAGGUUGUAUUUAAUGAAUGAUCGUAAGAUAAUCUUCUUGCUAUUUCUUUAUAUAUAUCUGAUUUUGCGAUACUAGGGGAAGUAAGUUUAACGAAAGCAGCGUAAAUUAAAGACAGAAUUAUUGACUCUGCUUCCUGUUAAAAAAAAAACACAAUUAUAGUAAGGUAAACUAUAUUUAAAUUGUAUAUGAAGUUUCAAAAACGAUAAAGUAAUAGAGUGGCCUAGAGUUUCAUCGAGCUAUUAUUAAAUGGAUGUAAGUAUCUGUAUAAAAUUUUGGAUUAGAAGAAAACAAAAAUGCGUGCAAGAUUUGUAAUUGUUCGAGAAAAAGUAAUGUUUCAUUAAGAUUCCAAACGAACACGUUCGUUGUAUAUCGGACUGCAUGUAUUUUGUACGAUUAUUAUCACUUUACAUUUUUAUAGGAUUUUAACGCCUCAUCUGUGCUUAUUAAUAAGUAGUAGAAAGUAAAUUCUCUCCUUUUUUACGUGGUAGCGAUUUUAUUUCGAAUAAGAAGCUGGCGCACUUCGACAAACGUUCAAAGGGGUGCAUUCUAAACGAUAAGAGAAAAAACAAAAAAUAAAACAAAGUAUUUUUAAAAAACUUCUCAAUCAAACUUACACAAAUCACGGUAAUUUUAAUACCAGCUUAUCGUUAGAUUUCUAAGAUUAGCUUAAUUAUUUUAAUUUAGACCUUUGUAAUUAUAAAUAGUGCAAUCGUCAAAAUCGACGCAGAAUGGAAAAGAAAGCAUCGUUUGAACUGGACAACAACAAUGAUGUACAAAAAAAAAUUAUAUGUAAUCCACUUUGCUUCUCUGUGCAAAACAAGAAAAAAGCAAAAACACCAUUUUUAGAUAUUUCUAAAGAAAAAUAUAGAUAAUGUUACGCAUACGAAAACAUAAUUCCAUUUAUAAGUAACCAUGUGUGAUUUAGUGCAUUGUAGAUGUACAUGUCUAGCAAAUUCUUAAGUAGAUCGAAGGAACAGUUGCAGCAUAUCAUGAUGAAUUGGGAACAUUUGUCACUAAUAUAUAUAAAAAUUUACAUUA